AUGGGAGAAGAUAUGGCGAAAGGUGAAGUACGCCAAUUGAUGGUAGGAGGCGAUGAAUGGAAAGUAUCUGAAAACCCAAAGCAAGAUCGAGAAUGGGCACAACGCUAUCCGGAAAAAGGUGAAUUUGUUGGAGGUCUGAUUUCGGAAGUUGUUACGCCUGGAUUCGAUUGGCGAGAUCAUGAGUAUAUGACAAUUGCUUUACUCAAAAAGUUGUUUGGAAGCGAUCAAAGAAAGCGUAUCACUCAGCUAACAGGUCAGCUGUUGAACAUCUCACAAAUGACUAGCUCUUCUUCAACCAAUAGCGGUCCAUAUGGUCCUGUAUUUCAAUUAAUCCCGGGUGUACAAUCAUACGAUUGGGGAAAGACAAUUGCUCAAGGUUCACUCGUUGCUCAAUUUGCAGAAGCAACUUCGGAAUCUCAUUUCAAGAGAGAGGAUGGGAAACCAUACGCUGAACUAUGGAUGGGAACACACUCCACAUUACCCAGCAGCAUCAUACCACCAAAUGGGGAGGGAAAGAAUGAGUACCCCACUCUUGCUUCUUAUCUGCAAGAAUACCCCAAUCUAGUAGGAGACAAAGUCCAAGAACGCUUCGCAGGAUCAACCUCUUGGAAAGGAGAAUUGCCAUUCUUGUUCAAGAUUUUGAGUAUCGGAAAAGCAUUAAGUAUUCAAGCACAUCCAGACAAAGAAUUGGCCAGAAGACUUCAUGCAGAAAAGCCAAAGAUGUACAAAGAUAACAAUCAUAAACCAGAGAUGGCAAUCGCACUAACAAAAUUUGAAGGAUUUUGCGGUUUCAGACCUUUAAAGCAAAUUGCUCAUUUUAUCGAAAUCGUACCGGAAUUUCAAUCGGUUAUCAAUCCCAACGAUCAACUCAAAUCUUCUUUGGCGAAGGUCAAAAGUGCUUCCAGCAUUGAUGCAACAGAAACAAAGAAGCUUCUACGGGAGAUCUUUUCAGCUUUGAUGAAUGCCGAAGAGUCCCUUGUCAAGAAGUCGGUAUCAAAGAUUGCACAAAGGUAUGAGAGUGCCAUCAACUCAGGAAAAGCAAGUACAUUGGAAGUGGAAGAAGAUCUGGCAAAGCUGGUUAUCACGCUCAAUGCACAGUUCCCUGAAGACGUAGGUGUUCUGUGUUCGUUCGUGUUGAAUGUUGUUCAUCUUGAACCUGGACAAGCAGCUUUCCUGAAAGCAAAUGAACCACACGCAUACAUUGAUGGAGAGAUUGUUGAAUGUAUGGCAGCAAGCGAUAAUGUCGUGCGAGCAGGUCUCACACCAAAGGCUCGUGAUGUGCAGGUUUUGGUUGAUAUGCUUACUUAUGAAGACUCUCCUUCUGAUGAAAAGCGUAUGCAACCUCAACCUUUCAAACCGGAUCAGAGCAGUGCAAAUGCACAUAAAUAUACACAAUCAUCAAACGAUGCACCCUCUCUGCUCUAUGAUCCACCAAUUGAUGAAUUCAGCGUGGUACGUACCGUCUUACAAGCAAACGAAUCGGAGACACACAGAGCAAUAUCUGGCCCUUCAAUCUUGAUCGUUACGGCCGGCAAAGGAUCUUUAUCCGCUCAGAUAUCUUCAUCUCACACCUUCUCAGUGGAUACUCCAGGAAAGGUCUACUUUGUCGGAGCCAAUACCCCAAUCACUUUGCAAUCAACAGGAUCCGAUCCUUUGAUCACAUAUAGAGCUUUUGUUGAAGCUUAG